CCUUCCUCCGUUCGCGCCAACCUUCUCCGCGCUUUCGCGCGCUCCAUGCAGAAGUUGCCUCCUCCUGGCUUCCUCGUCCAAAUCGAGGAACCCUUCAACCCCGCCCAUGGGUAUAAACCACCGGCGGGCGACCACGCCAGCCCCAUUCCCACUCCCACCCGCCGUUCGCCACCGUGCCGUACGCCGCCGCCUAUCGAUCGAGGGAGAUCAACUAUAUCUGUCUGCCGUGAGCUAGCUAGGUAGAGAGAGCGCGCGCGCGAUGCCGUCGUCGAGGCUCGUGCCCAAGGACGGCGAGUGGGGAGGCGGCGUGGCGCUGGAGGUCACCGUGCUGUCGGCCGAGUCGCUGCGCCUGCCGCCCACCUACUCGCCGCUCCCGCGCCGGCUGCGGCCCUACGUCGCCGUCUCCUCCUCCUCCUCGUCCUCGUCCGCCGGCUGCAGCACGGGCGUGGCCCCCGCGUCGUCCGGCGCGGGCGAGCACUCGUGGGAGGACGUCGGCGAGGACGCGCGCCUGGUGGUGCCCGUGGGCGCGGGGUUCCUGGAGGGCCGCGACGACGUGCGCGUGGCGGUGCUCUCGGAGUCCGGCUGCGCGCGGCUCCUCGGCGACACGCCGCUGGGCUGGUGCCGCGUGCCCGCCGCCGACGUGCUGGACGGCCUCCGCCCGCCGCGCGCGCUCCGCAGGCUCAGCUACUCGCUCCGCUGCCCGCGCCGCGGCGGGCCGGGACACGGCGUCGUCCACCUCGCCGUGCGCGUCCUCGGCGACGUCCACGUCCACGUCGCCCGCCCGGACCCGGCCCUGCCAGCGCAGCCCGGCUGGUGCCGCGUCGCCAUGGGCAUCCCGGUCUCCGGCCCCUCCGCCGCCGCCGCGGCCGUCGUCGGCACGCCGUCCCCCUGGGCGUGGAGCCAGGCGUCGCGCUGAUCGACGAUGACCCGAGACUAGCCGUGGAAGAACGGUGGAACUUGCGCGCGCGCCCGCGGCGACCGGUUCUUGGGUUUGACUAAUCGCUGCCCGGAGCACGUACGUACGUACGUAGCCGCCGGACCGGGAGACGAAAGCGACGGGGGAUUAGUCAAAAACUCGAAGCUAGCUGCCGGGCUGAUUCCUCGCAGCUGCGUACGGACGUGCGUGACGGGAUCCGAUUGGACGUACGCGCUGCCGGCUGGCCGGCCGUCGGCGGCGGUGCUUGACCCCGACGUGUGGAAUACGGCCGAUCGAACGUGCCGGUGUAUAUAUACGUCAUCGUCUAGGGAAGGUUCCUUCCUAGUGAUGGAGGUCAUGUGUGAGGGCAUGCAUAUAUAUCUCUGUCAUCCAAAGUGUAAAUUCAGUAAACAUGUACAAAGGAUAAAGUGAAGUUUUCAGUGCAAACUAGACAACUUUGAAUGCAAUUUUAUUUGGAUGUGGC